AAUAAAAUACUGAUUAUGUGUGUGAAACUUGCCUUUUUAUACUUAGUUUUCUGUUAUGUAUUUAGGAAUAUCAAUUCAGUCAAAAUAUGUUGUAAUCCACAAUCAAUAUUAUAUAAAAUCUAUGGGCCGAAUAACUUAACUACUUAUAAUUGUACUAACGCCCUUGAGAGUCUUAAUGACACCGACAAUGCAUACACUAUUGACCUGCUUGGUACUACAGAAACUCCACAAGGAUAUGGCUUAGUCGAAAUUAAUGACACAUUCGGUCUGACUAAUUUUCCACAAUGUGCUCUCACUGGAUACUCAAAUGUAUCCCUACUGACAGAAAUAUCAUUUACCGUAUUUGCAAACUCAUGCAUUCUUAUUCUAGACAGCAAUAGUCUGGUUAGUUUAACAUGCCAAGCGAAAAAAGAUGAUAUGUUGCAAAGUAUUGGCAUUAUAAAUAAAUGCUGUCCGCAUGGGUACUCCUUUGGCGCAGAUAUAAAAAAGUGCUAUUUACGAUACCCCGACUACAAUAAAUACUCUGCUAUUUUUGAUAAUCCAAUGAUUUUUGUUGACAAUUCGUUCAAGUGUCCCAAGAAUAAAGUUUUAGUUGAAUAUGUACUAACGGCGGAAGCUAUUGUGAUACAAAAUGAAAGAAUUUUACUUAAAGAACAUAAGAAAUCAUUUCAGAGAAGUGAAUUUUGUAUUGAAGUGUUAAUUAAAAAUGAAAACUCUCAAUUCGAUAAAAAUACUCAACAAUUUAUAGUUCGUACUUGUCAACAGUUAAAAAUUUGUGAUUCUGUACCGUGUGUUCGUAAGUGUUGUGUCGAUGGUGAAAUCUAUGCUAAAAGAAAUUUGACAACGGCUUGUACAAGAGAUGAAAAUAAUUUUCAAUAUCACAGUAUAUAUAGCAUGAAUACCAGUGGUGCUUUUGCCAAACCCUCAG